CUUAGUCCUCCUAGUCCCAGGCUCCCAGUCACUCGUCUCCCAGUCGUCCCAGUACCCAGCAAGCAUAGUCGUUCCGUCUCGUCCAAGAGCUAAGCGUACGGCGGAAUCAAGCGAAGUCCACGUCCGAACACCCAACAUAACGCCUACACACUUUCUCCACGCACGCGGCGCACACAGGACCUGUCCCAGACCCAGACCACCUAAGCCUUUAGCCCUCUUUAACCUAUCCUAUCCUAUCUCUGCUCUGCUUGCUCCGGGUGGCUAUCCGACCCCCUUCUCAAGCAACCUCUUUUAGAUCUAGUCAACCCGCCGGUAACUACUCCAGGGCAAUGGAUCUAUCCCUUCCUUGCGUUGGAGGUCCCUAGAAUGCCCUUCACCUGCGACCAUGAAGGCUGCGGCCGCUCCUAUCUUCGUAAGAAACACCUCACACGCCACAAAAAAGAGCAUUCUGCAACGCCUUCUUUCUCCUGUCCGUCAUGCGGUACCAAGUUCACAAGAGGAGAUACCCUCCGUAGACACAUGGUACUACACGGCCCUUCAGCCCCGCCAACCCGCGUAGCACAAGCCUGCGUUCCAUGCCACCGGACAAAGACCAGAUGCGAUGGUCAGCAGCCCAUUUGCUCAACAUGCAAUGACAAGGGGAAAUCGUGCGAAUGGCCCCAGCCGCGCGGCGGCAGCAAAUCUCUGACGGACCGGUCCUCCUCCUCGCCGUCCAGCUCCUCCGGCCUACCGACCUCGGGCUGCACGCCGCCCUCGAACUCCAUGGCCAUGCCCGACCACGGUGGCCACCCGAUGACGGCUCCGUCCAUGCAGCAUCAGCAUCAGCAGCACCAUCCGCCCACCGGCAUGACUACAACCUCGCAUGCAAUGAUGUCGGCUGGGCCCAUGCCGAUGACCACGAUGUCCGACACCCUCGACUUCACCACCCCGGGAUCCAUCCUAGAUGAGGCCAUGAGGCUCCAGUUGCAGAGUAUCUACUUCACCAAGUUCCAUCCCCAGUGGCCGCUGCUGCAUCGGGAGACGUUCGAAACGACGGCACAACCCAAGUUGUUGAUGCAGGCCGUUAUGACGGUUGGGCUAUGGUUUGCUUCAUGGCCGGACGCGAGGAACCUCGCGGUCAAGUUCCACGACAGUCUUUUGGUAGAAACAGGGAAUAAACUUCUCGAUCUGCUGGAGCAGUCAAGACAACGGUUGCUCUCGCCGCGGGUGGAUCUGCUACCAAUUUUCCAGUCCAUGCUGAUCUCGACAAUACUCGUGCCGUACCGAGCGGACCAGUCCAUGGACAACGUGAUGAUGACGCAUGCCAUGUUGCUCGAGACGUUCAAAGCCACGGGUGUAUACGAGCAAUCAAAGAUCAACCUAGGGUCGCAGCUCUGUGGGCAUAGUGGAUACCCUUGGAUCUUUAAAGAACUAUACCAACGUCUCGCCGUCUUCCAGUUCAAGCUACAUCUAAUCCUCCAAACAAUAUUCAUCACAAUACAUCCGGCACUGCGCCUAUCCCGCAAUGCAGAGCCGGCCAUGCUCAGGAUAAAAAUACCGCUACCGCUGAUGAUGUGGGAUGGCCCCGCGGCGCACUGGUACGGCAUGGUCCCGACAGAUCCCGCGCUGAUGGACGCGAGCGGCGGCGGCGGCGACGACGACGAAGUGCUGAUGAUUGGCAAAAUGUGCGAAAAGGCGAGCCUGACGAUGGACAAUAAGGCCCUCGUCCCUCUACUCUCCUGGGACCGGUGUUUGGGUAUGGCGAUUUGGUGUUGGUGUCUACGGGGGUCCGAGAGCGACAAGAAGUUUAUAGAGAACGUGAAGCCGUUUGUCCUCGAUCCGUUGAAGGAUACGAAUGUUUUACCAGGUUCCCGCUAGGUGGGAUGGCAUCAAUGCG